UAAUACACUUCGUUAGAUUCAGUCCUGCUUUUCUCGAGAACUAAAAUGUGACAAAUGAGUCACGCUUAUCAACAUUGAUUAACUGACCAACAACUAUAUAUAGAUUUGUCUUGUUGAUGAUGUUGUGAAUGUCAUAGGAAAAUGAGCACAACGAUUAUUUGCUACUGGUUGACAUUAUACCCCGCUUUUAUUGCAGUUAAUACUUCAUAAGAGAAGAAUUUCCGAUCGGAAGUGUUAGGGGAAAACUGUAGGGAGUCCCGCUAGGAUGUGGCAGUUGUGCGUGUUGGUGACGACGCUGGUGCACUCUGGGGGAGUAGUGGGCCAAGGUUUGGUAUUCCCCGGGUCAUCGGACUCCUUCUCCCUGUCGUGCACCAUAACAAGGACGGGGCAGAAGGGGGAGUGUAAGCUGUCCACUCACUGCCCCUCCCACCAGCGAGCGGCAGGCGAGGGGGCCGUCAGUCAAGUGUGCGGCGUCAGCAGCGAACUGCCCUUGGUUUGCUGCCCUAUACCUCCCGAGAGGCUCAUAGAUGGAACGAGAUGGGAUCUCCAGCGCAAAACCGUACCCGCUCCGCCUAACGAGCCUGUUUGCGGCGUUCUUAGACCUUUUCGGCGACGCGAAAGCUUUUUAAUAGCCGGAGGGAAGGCGCCACAAGACAACUCGCUCGGAACAAGAGUGAGGCGGUCUCCAAGAGAAUUUUCCGACGAUGGUGACAACAAACUAGUAAAAAACCUAGAAGUACUCCAACGGCACUCAACCCCUCUUCCCCUCAACCCCCUUUCCCUUCAGCCCCUAGACCAACCUUCAGUGGUUGGGGGCAUCGAUGCUCCAGUGCACAGACACCCGUGGAUGCACAACUCACUGCGACCUGAUGUGGUUCGUCUUGCCGAGCACGACUACAGCAACACCCAUGAAAGCAUCGCCCACGAGGACCACAGGGUCGCUGACGUGGUGGUUCACCCCGACUACCAGGCAGAUGGUACCUUCUCCUCCUACCACGACCUCGCGCUCAUCAAAGUGGUGGACCGCAUAAGAAUCAGGGUGGGCGUGACGCCAAUUUGUCUGCCGUGGGGGGAUGAAGCCAGACGCAUCCUCCAUCACAAAAACGUCACCAUCACCGGUUGGGGCGCCAAAGCUUAUGGAGGCAAUGGCAGUCCCAUCCUACAGGAGGGAUCGGUGACGGUGUUCCCAUCAGAGGUCUGCAACGCGUCUUUCUCGAAGCUUCCUUUCUACUCCACCAAUUGGCCGCGCGGCAUCGCGGAGGACACUUUCCUUUGUGCUGGCCGACCCCUCGGCGGCGUGGACACUUGCAAGGGUGACUCUGGAGGACCCCUGGUGUACUUCGCAUCAGACCACAUGAAGGGUGGAGUCUCUGUGUUGGGGGGCGUGGUGUCCCAAGGCUACGGCUGUGGACUUGAAGACUACCCAGGCCUGUACGUGCCCCUCUCCAACCCGGACUACCUUAGGUGGAUAAAAACGGUGGCCUUCGGCAAAAAUUAAGGACAAAGGAUGAAGCCUUUUAUCAGAACAUGGAGAAUUAUUUUAGGAUGUUCUUCACUUCAUAACAUUGAGCAAUGCAUUAAAUAUCUAUGUACAUCUCAUAGAAAUAUUUGCAUGAUUGAAAAAAUUAUAUAUAAUGUUUAUUAACAAAAUUACCCGAGUAUUGUAACAGAGGAUAAUUUGAGCUUCCUGGAAGAGUCCCUAUACAACGAGGAAGAAAAUUGGUAAUUAAUGAUUCGUUCACGUAUUUAAAUUUACAGCGUGCGUGUAUUUACGUUUUUGACGAGAGAGUAUCGCUUGUUAGCCUUGGCAUGCUUUUGUAAUCGAAUUGCCAUUAUCUCUCAGUGCUCAGUGCUAUUCUCGUGGUUAGUGCUAUCGCUGGCAAAGUUUUGAUUCUCUUGCUGAUUACCGCAUUUCAAUAAUGAGAUAAAACACAGAUUAAGAGAUGUUCAUAGAUUUUUCGACAUAUUGUGAGAGUGAAACAUAACACCAAUUUUAAGCAUCGUAUGAAGCUUCACUUGAAAUAUUUUAGCGACUCCCGGUCUCCGGCUGCGUCAACGAACAGAACCUGCAAGAUUGAAGCACUGAAAUCCACGAAAACUUCACCAAAGAGACGAUUUAUUGUGAGAAUAUUUGCGUUUGGUGUACACUUUCAUCAGUUGUGAUGUUUAUGUUUCCCAAAAUAACGAGCACACUGUCGUGGUGAAUGAGCUCAAUGCCGGAACGGAAUGAGCUUAAUUUUUCGUUUGUAAUGUGGACCGAAUAUGGACGUUGGGAUGUAAAGUUUCUACUAAAAAGAGCCUCGGUCCUCACAGCUCGGGCCUCGAUUUAAUUAUUUUAGGUACACUUAUGUGGCCGCCUAGCUUCGCAGAGACUUUCUUAUUUUAUAAAUGAACUCUCGUGGUUUUGCUCUAAGGAACUUUGCCCUAAAAAGUUAUUUGAACUCUAUCGUAUCGUUUGCAACGCUCUCAGAAAUUAAAAAAAACUCACUCGGUCAAUAACCUAGAUAAUAGCGGACGUCCUCUGAUACAUGCAAUUUCCAAAAUUGCAUGUAUGGAUUAAAGAUGGGACGAUAUACAUGGGGAAAAUUUAAUUAUACCUACAUCGGAACAACAUACCUACAUUAUACCCUUUACCUACAUCUGCUGCGUUUGGUACUAUCGUAGCAGCGAUUUUAUCAAUACAUGCCGUUUGUACGUUUAUUACAAAAUGAUUGCCGUGAAUUCGGGUACUAUUGUACUACAAAUACAUAAAGCAAUAAUCAAAUAAAAUGCAUAAUGCACCAAAUAUUCUACUUAAUGAAUUUGUAGCGGUCCAGUUUAAUAUUUAAGAUAUUAAUAAAUAGAAAAUUUCGAAAUUUAGAAUUAGAUUUAAUUGUAAUAUUAAGAUUGGUUUAUAUCUGAACGGAACCACAGCUGAAUACGACAAUAGCCAACUUCACUCCAGCUUUUAGAAUUUUUGAUACAUUGCACUAGAAACUCUUAUUAGAGUAGGUACUAAUGUGUUGCAACAGUCAUCCUGUACUAAUUACU